AUGUCAAUUGUGUCCAAACUAUUCUUCCUAAUAGGAUCCAUUCAACUAUUACAUGCCGGCUUUUCUAGUUAUGAGUUUUAUCAAAUUUUAAAGAAUGUUACCACUGAAAAGAAAUUGACUUUACCAAAAGAUAUCCAAUAUGAAACGAUUUUAGGGUUGCUAUUUACUGUAUUCUCUAUUUUCCUAUCAUUUGAUAAGAAAAGUUACUAUCCAAUACAUAUGCUUAAGAGAGAUGACAUUAUAAAAGGUGAAUAUUUACAAGAUAUUUCCCUCAGUAAAGCCACCGAUGUUGAUAACUUAAUUGGUUCAAAUCCAACAGGUGAAGUUUCAUAUACACCAAAUUUUAUUGAUAUUCAUGAAAAGAGAAAGAGUGUGAAACAAUGGAUAGCCAAGAAUCCUACAAAUGAAGGAAAGAAGCAAAAAUAA